AUGGGGGCUUCUGACGAUGCCCUCUCCGACUCUUCUGAAGUUAGUCAAUGCCAGGACUCAAGCUUUGCAAAGGGUGAUGAGGAGUGCUGUCCUGGUGAAGAGGGACCCGACGCACCCAAUGUUAGUUUGAAUGGUUUAAAAGCGGUGCAUGAUGAAGAAGAGCCAAAUGGGGAUGCCGACGAUGGUGACGCGGAGGAGGAAGAGGAUGAUGUGAAUGAGCUUGAAAAUUUCGAUGACUCUAACAUGAACGAGGACUCCUUUGCCGUACUCGAGGAAGGAGCUGCCGACGAUCUUACGACAGAUGAGCUUCUCUUUCUCAAUGAAGGACAUUCAGACGAGGAGCUCGAGGCUAGUUUUCUUACAUUGCUUCCGGAAGCUGAGCAGAUGGGUACGUCCGGCGCAUCUGAAGGUAUCGAACCAAACACUUCUACCAAUGGCGAACUCAAAGCUCCUACCCCUAUGCGCAAAAGGCCCUCUAAAAAGGCUGGAAAGGCCUCACAAGUGUCGGCGACUGAUUGGAGCCCUUACAUCGUGCCAAAUUCCGGCUCCAUUGAGGUCGUUGAUAGUGACGGACCCGACUUUUACUCAUUUGAGAAGGUCCGCAACCUGAGUGUGGACGACUUCUCCUUCCCCUUCAUCGCGAAGGGCCACGUUCUGCGUGGUAAACAUUACCUCCGAGCCUCUGUGCUUGGCUUAGCCUUUCCGGAUCAACCCUCUACUCUUUUGGCCCACUUUUCGGCCCCGGCACAGAUUUGUAAGCUCUGUGGGACGACUGGUCACUCCAGCGAAACCUGUUCUUCCACUCCCGACACAUCUGUGUCUAUGGCCUCCUGGAAGCCCCUGGCGAAGAAUAUUCCACCACACCCAAAUCGGUCUCAUCUGAUAGAGCUCUCAGAGUGUCUGGAACAAUUAUCUUCAUAUCAUUCCAUGUCCGACGAACACUUUCGAGAGACAUUUGUGCAGAAUCUGAACGCACUUUUUGCACUGCAAUACCCUACGGUGCGUCUAGAGCUAUUCGGUUCCUGCGCGAACGGUUUUGGAACAAAGCAGAGCGACAUGGACAUUUGCGUUUUCUUCCCACCGAAUACUCCGGAGGCCAAGUCACUUUUGGACGUCAAUCAAAGGAUCAAGGUAAGGAUAGCCUAG